AUGCAAAACCCCUCCAUAGUCCUCUACAGCGCCAAAACGGCAAAACUCGAAGACAAACCCAUCCCCUCCCUCUCGCCCCACGACGUCCUAGUCCGCAUAGCCUACAUCGGCGUCUGCGGCAGCGACGUACACUUCUGGCAGCACGGCGGGAUCGGAAAGCCCAUCAACCCCGCCACAGGAAUCGUAAUGGGCCACGAAGCCUCAGGCACAAUCCACUCCAUCGGCCCCGCCGUCACGCUCGUCCAGCCCGGUGACCGCGUGGCCAUCGAGCCCGGAACCCCAUGUCGCUUCUGCACAGCGUGUAAGUCCGGGUCGUAUAAUUUGUGCCGCGGGAUGCGGUUCGCAGCCGCUCCGGGGCCGCCAGACACACAGGGCACGCUGGCGAAGUACUUCCGCGUGCCGCAGGACUUUGUGUACAGGAUUCCUGAGGCGAUGGGAUUGGAUGAGGCGGUGCUGGUGGAGCCGUUGGCUGUGGCGGUGCAUGCUGUGCGGUUGGGGGAUGUGCGGGCCGGGGAGACGGUGGUGGUGGUUGGGGGCGGGACGAUCGGGGUUUUGGUCGCGAGUGUGGCGCGGCAGUUUGGCGCGCAUCGGGUUGUUGUUUGUGAUGUUUUGGAGGGGAAGUUGGGGUUUGUGAGGGGGUGGGUGGGGUGUGAGACGUUUUUGGUGGAUGGGGGUGUGGGUGGGGAGCGGAAUGCGAUGAGACUGUUGAGGGAGUUUGGGCUGGAGGAGGAGGGGGUUGAUACGGUGGGGGGGAGGGUGGAUACUGUCAUCGAAGCGUCGGGUGCGGCGUCUAGUGUCGAGAUGGGGAUCCAUGUUUUGCGUCCCGGGGGCAAGUAUGUGCAGACUGGCGUUGGGAAGGCUAAGGUUGAGGUGCCGAUUGUGGCUUUGAGUAUGAAAGAGCUGAUGGUAAGGGGCUGCUUCAGAUACGGCGCCGGGGACUAUGAGUUAGCGGUCGGACUGAUGAAGAAAGGGCUUAUAGACGUCAAGCCGCUGAUUAGUUCGGUGACGCCGUUUGAAGACGCGACAUCUGCUUGGGAGAAGACAGCGAAUGGAGAGGGGAUCAAGAACUUGAUUGAGGGUGUGAGGGAUUGA